UGUUGUCUCUCGCAAUUUUGUUCAAACUCAGGAAUUACCUUGUCGUUCAUACACAUAUAUGUCGUAAGGUUCACCCUCUUGGUGUAUAACAACUUUUGAAAAUUAAUAGAUCGUUUUUAUAUUAAGUUUUCUUUAAACGCAAUCAGUUUGGGAAAUAGCAGCGUAUCCCUGGAAUCAGCGAAAGUUACUUUUCUAGAGUAUCCCACGGGGCAGCAAGGUGUCGCAUAAACGGAUUUAUAUCGCUCUUAGGGAUAAUUUACCAUCCCGAGUCCCAGUGAUUGGGCUCAUUACGGCUAUGUCCUCUUCCACAGUCAAGGGACAUUUAUCGUGAUUCAUUCAAGAAGAGGUUGUGCCACCUUUUAUUUCGCUUGUGGACAUCUAUGGAGAGCGUCCUGCUGCAUGCUCUCACGCCAGCAGUGGAGUCUACUUUUCACCUCCGGUCUUCCCUUCACACGCACUCCGGGACAAAGCUGUGAAUGUUGACUCUAAUAAGACCUAACAUAGUGGAAGAGGACUACCAUCACCUCAUUUGAAUGCCUUUGCAAGGAUUUCGCUGGUUUUUGUGCUGCAGGCAGGGAUUCAGUUUGCUCGGACGGGACUAUGGGGAGAGAGAGGAGGAAGAAUCUUUUGAAUUGCGCAACAACGAGAACCUGACUUCCAAUGGACGGAUCCCAACUGACGUGACUGUUUCUCAACCUACACACACGGCGAAUGGAACCAAUGGGCACCUGGUUCCAGGGGUCGCGGGCGAGAUGAAGAGUCUGAUCAUUGAGAAGAAUAACAUGGGCCUGGAGGACGACCCGGAGCUGCUGGUGAAAGGGUGGCUGUUGCGGGAGGUGCGGGGCAGCUGGAUCAAGCAGCGGCGCUACUGGUUCGUCCUGAGUCAGGACUCCCUGGACUACUACAGCGGGCCGGAGAAGGGAGCCCGCCGGCUGGGCACCGUGGUGCUCACCAACCUGUGCUCCGUCAUCUGGCCCGACAAGCAGAGCUACAAGGAGACGGGGUACUGGAGCCUCACGGUGUACGGACGCAAGCACUGCUACCGGCUCUACACGCGGCACUUCAACGAGGCGGUGCAUUGGGCGUGCGCCGUGCAGAAGGUCAUCGACACCAAAGCCCCGGUGGAGACGCCCACCCAGCUGUUGCUGCGGGACAUCGAGGAGAACAAGUUCAACCCGGAGGUUGUGGAGCACAUCUACCAGCACAACCCCAUCCUGAAGUACACCCAGGGGCCGCUCUACGCCCCCCUGCUCCCCUUCCCCUACGGCAGCGCAGAGCACAAAUACUACAGCGGGAAGGGCUACGGGCCGGUGCGCGAGGAGGCCGUGAAGCUCUUCCACUGCCUGCAGCAGCUGGAGUCUGCCAGGGAGCCCGUGCCGAUCAUCCAGGGCGUGCUGCAGACCUGCCUGGACCUGCGGCCGCUGCGCGACGAGCUCUACUGCCAGCUGGCCAAGCAGACCUGCUGCACGCCCCAGCCGCACACCGCCGCCCACCUGCGCUACUGGCAGCUGCUCACCUGCAUGAGCUGCACCUUCCUGCCCGGCCCCGCCGUGCUCAAGUACCUGCGCUUCCACCUCAAGAGGAUCCAGAGUCAGACCCCAGAGUCUGAGAUGGAUAACUACGCGACGUUCGUGGGCGAGGCCCUGGACAAGACCAAGUGCCGGGAGUGCGUGCCGUCCUGGGAGGAGAUCCAGAUGCUGAUGAGCAGGCAGGAGAUGCUGUGCACGGUGUACUACCCUGGGUCAGGCUCCUGCCAGCUCUACAUCAACUCCCACACCACCGCCAAUGAGGUGCUGCGGCGGAUGCAGGAGAAGCUCGGCCUGCAGGAGAGCAAGAACACGUUUGCGCUGUUCGAGCAGAACGCAUUGUGGGAGCAGCCCGUGGCCGGCGGCACGCUCAUCGCCGACAUCCUCACCAGCCUCUCCAGCAAAGAGUCGGAGGCGCCCUGCCAGUGGAAACUUUGCUUCAAGCUCUACUGCCUGCUGGACGCAGACGGCAUAUCGCUGGAAAGCAUCGAGUAUCUCUUCCUCUUUGAACAGUGUCACGAGAUGGUGGUGCGCGGCCAGCUGCCCGCCGGCGAGGAGGACCUGCAGGCCCUGGCGGCCCUCCGGCUGCAGUGCAUUGUGGGGGACUUCAGCACCCACGCGCCCUGCCCGCCGCUGGACCAGCUCUUCCCCAGCCACGUGGUGGAGGCCCGGGUGCUGCUCAGCCUCUCGGCCGCCGCCACCGCCGCCUCCCGCGGACCCCCGCCCCACUGCCAGCUGGCGGUGGCGCCGGGCCUCCUGGCGGGGGCGCCGUGGAGCCAGACCAGCGCCCACAAGCAGAAGGUGGAGCAGGACCUGCGCCUGCGCAGCUGGCUGAAGGAGGAGGCGGCGGCCGUCAUGAGCGCGGUGGUGGAGCGCUGGAAGGGGCUGGCGGGGUACAGCCGCGCCGACGGCAUGGCGGCGUACCUGGCCAUCGCGCGCCAGUGGUCGGGCUUCGGGUGCACGCUCUACGAGGUGGACUUCUACAUCAGCUCCACAGGGAGCUUCUCCCAGAAGCUGUGGCUGGGCGUGGCCGCCACCUCGGUGUCCCUGUACCGCCAGGGGGAGGCGGAGGCCCUGGAGUCGUUCCCCUACGGCCAGAUCUGCUCCUACGGCGUCAAGGACAGCAACACCUUCAAGAUCACCGCCGGGGACAGGGAUCUGCUGUUCGAGACCACCAAGCUGACUGAGAUCAUGCAGCUGAUGAAUGCCUAUUUCAGUGCCAUCCGUCGCCAGCGGGGGAAGGGUGGAGGCCGGGGGGUGGGAGGGGAGGACGGGGGCAUCGCCAUCCCGGAGAGCACGACGACGACGACGACGACGACGACGGAGGUGGGCUUCAACCACCUGCACAACCCCACCUUCCUGGAGCUGCCCUCGCACUCGGUUUGAUGAAGACCCCCCCCCCCCCCACACACACACACACACCCCACAAUCCCAAUCCCCGACACACACAUACACACCCAGACACUCCAGCCCAGGCCUCCCCCCCCCUCCCUCACCCCUCCUCACCCCCCUAGGCCCCAGGAACCAGCGCCUGGCUCUGCUGGGAACGGCACGGCAGCCAAAACAAAGAGAGGGCUGUUUUCACUCGCCGUCCGUGAAAAUAAACCCUCGCCGUGCUUUCCAGCGAAGGGAGCCUGGGCGACGGCUGGGGAAGAGAGAGGGGGGGGGAGAGUGGGGGGGAGGGAGAGGAGAGGGUAAAAGGGAAGGCGGUGUGUGUGUGUUUGGGGAGAGGAGGGGAGGCCGUUUGGCGAGGGGAGGCCUCAAGCCCGCAGAAACCAAUGUGGUCGCUGAUGAGGUGUCAUGAGCCUGACCCACCUCUCGUCCCCCCCCCCCCCCACUCUGUCCUGUCACGCAACCUGUGUUACUGCACACACACACACAUGCACACGCACACAUGCACGCACGCACACACACACACACACACACCCCGUAGUCCGCGGCGAUGUGAAGACCAUCGUGACAUGGUAAUACUGCCAUCUGGACACGGCUUAGGAGGGAAAGACUCUUUCUCUGCCUCCCUACCUCUCUAUGCCUCUUCCUCGCUCUCUGGGUCUCUCUCUAUCGCUCCCCCCUCUAAAUGCCUUUUUCCUCACUCUGCCUCUCUGGCUCACUCUCUGGCUCAAUGUGUGCCAUUCCGACAUUGCUUUUCCUAGAAAGGCGACCCUCCCUCCCCCCCCCCCCUUCCUCUUUCACUGCUGGAAUAGUGUUGAGAAGAAGUUUGCCUCAACCCAUGUCCCAACCCCCCCUCUUUCCCUCGCUGAGAUUUAUCACACACAAACACGCACGCAUACACACGCACACAUGGACAGCAACACACAUACGCGAUCACUCAUUCACCGCCCACCCCCCCCCCCCCCCCCUCUUCCACCACCGAUCCCUGACACACUCAUCAGAGACCCGGGGGCUCAGCUCAUGAGAGCCCCAGCCCAGGCUUGCAUUACCUGGAACUGUUGAUGCAGCAGCCGGCCAUGUGAACUUGGAACUGCAACCAGAUGUGGAGCUCAUGCAGCUCAGUCACUUUGGCUGCGCUCGCCGUAUAGACUCUGUCCUCCACCACCAUCGCCACCCCCUCCACCAGCACCACCACCACCUCUCUGGGGACUAUUAGGGAGAGGGGUGCGUGCAACGUGCAUGGAUGUUUUGCGUGUUUGAGUCACGUGACUCCUGUGCACAUGCGGAGAGAAGACGGAGAGACCGUGCCUGGCCUGUGUGUGUGUGUGCGUGUGCGUGUGCGUGUGCGCGCCCCCGUGUGUGCGUGCGUGCGAAAGAAGUGAAUAUACUGUAGGCACAGCGUUAUCUUCGCCAAAGACUCUGACAUGUCGCUCAGUUGGGCUUCUCUACUUAGCUGCAGCUUUCAACGUGAAAGACCACAAACAAACUAACUGUUGGCUGUUUGGAGAAUUCUGUUUUAGUUGUUUUUUACGUCAUUUGUCUUUCAUGUGUCUAAUGGCAAAGCGUUCGAUUGACUUCUGCUCCUCAUUAAAUGAUUUUGGUUUCGUAAGCAGGGGGUUGUUUGAAGCUGUUGAGAUACCACGUUAAAAAGCCCGCCAAGGAAUGUGGACUAAAAUUUUGGGGGGGGGGGGGAGAGAGAGAGAGAAGCUUGACGAUGUGUACUUAUCCCUAUCCACCGUUGUUUUUUAUUUUAAUUCUGGCCAUUGAAUUCUGUUCUUGUGUUAUUUAUGUUUAGACAUUAACUUUGUAUAUUUCUUUCUCUUUUUUUUUUUUUUUUUUUUCCUGUCUUUUUAAAAUGUGGAUCUAGAUGUAUUUUCAAUACUGGCUUAUGUUGCUACUGGUACCAGAACUAUAGGUACUUUUCUCUUUCUUCCAAAGCAGGUAAUGAAUGUGUGGAACCAGGUUAAACGCACUCACAGAUCCCUUCCCUUGUCAGUAUGGACACGGCGGCUCUGCUCCUCGUUUCUCAGUCUGGGUCUUUCAGUUGGACUCCUGGAGCACACGUUCUGCCAUGUCACGGGUUUGAUCAUGGACCAAAGAUGGAUGUCGGGACACUUUUUAUAUAGAAAAUGCCCCCCCCCCCCCCCCCCCAUAACUGCUCUUCCUACUUUAUUUCAUGUCAUGCCCCUUUACUUUAUACUCCAAUAUAUUUUUGACAAAAAUGUAGGGAGAUCCACCUGUAUUUGUACAACUUUUGUAAGACUUAUCUGAGUAUCUCAGAUCGGAAAUUGAUUGGUAUUUUUGGGGGGGGGGGGGGGUGGGGGGGGCAGGGAAAUUGUAUUUUAGCAGUAUUAUCUGAUCUACGGCCCUAACAAUCGAACCAGCCACCCUCCCUCCAGCAGACUUGUCCACUCACAGUGGCUGACUGUCAUUGCAAAGCCAGCUAGCGCUAGUUUCUCCUGCCAUCCUGCAGGCCUUUAGCUUUCUACUGCAGCUGCAGGCAGCUCUGAGCUACACACAAACAAACACACGUGACUAAGGACAAGAAAAAUCAGAGGUUGCUGCUUUAUCUUCAAGCUUGUUUGUAUGCAUGGUACUUUUUUUUUUGUAUUUUACGUUAUGUAACGUGUGUAUUGUUAAUUGCACUAUUGUUUUAGCUAACUUGGAAGUGCAAUAAAAACUAUAAAUACUGUAUGUAAUUAAUAAAUGAGCACCAUUUUACCAUA